AUGAAGGCUUCUGCAGCUUCUUCCCUGGCGGCCGCCCUCUUUACGACAGACGCGGCGUCAGUCUCCGCCGACCCCAUUCAAGCAUGCCCCAAUGACAUUUGCUUCAAGGUCGCUGUCCCCAGCCAGGCUUCUAGCUCUGGAAGCGGCAACAUGUACUUCCAGAUGUCUGCCCCGACCAGCUACCAGUGGGUCGCUCUCGGCACCGGCUCGACAAUGUCCAACUCGAACAUGUUCCUCAUGUACACCGACGGCAAGGGUAACGUCACCAUCGGUCCCCGUACGGCGCGGGGCCACAACAUGCCCACGCUCUCCACAAGCACCAACCUCGAGCUCCUUGCUGGCUCCGGCAUCGAGAACGGCAAGAUGGUCGCCAACGUCCUUUGCACCAACUGCGCGUCUUGGAGCUCCGGCACCAUGGCCCUCAACUCGGCCACCAGCUCCUGGAUUGCGGCUUGGAAGGCGGGCAGCGCCAUCAACUCGGCCAGCAACAGCGAGAGCAUCCAGCAGCACGAUGACCACAGCAGCUUCAACCUCGACCUGACCCAGGCGACUGUCCAGACUGACAGCAACCCGUUCGUGGCCACGUCCGGUGGUGGCAGUGGCAAUGGAAGUGGUAGCGGCAGUGGCAGUGGCAGUGGCAGCGGCAGCGGCAACGGCAGCGGAAGCGGAAGCGGGAACGGCGGCUCCACCAGCGGUGGUGUUGUAUUUAACGGAGGCGGCGGCGGCUUGUCCAACGUCCUUCUCGCUCACGGCAUCAUAAUGUCGAUCGUGUUCAUUUUCUUGUACCCUGUUGGUGCCAUCCUCAUGCCCUUGCUGGGCAAGUGGAUGGCACACGCUGCCUGGCAGUCGGUCGCUUUCCUACUCAUGUGGGCUGGUUUCGGCACUGGCUACGUCUAUGCCCGCGACAACGGCUAUCUCUUUGCGCAAACCCACACUCUUCUGGGCACCGUAGUUGUCGCCAUGCUGGCCAUCCAGCCGUUCCUCGGAAUGGCGCACCACAAGUACUACAAGAAGUAUCAGACCCGAGGCAUCGUCAGUCACACACACAUCUGGUACGGCAGGGCUCUGAUGGUUCUCGGAAUCAUCAACGGCGGACUGGGCCUCGAGCUUGCUAGCUCGUCCCGGGCCUAUGUCAUUGCGUACUCCGUUAUUGCCGCUAUUAUCGGCGUUGCGUGGAUUGGGUCCGCUGCUUGGGGCGAGAUGCGCAGGUCCAAGCGCACCGUCAAGCGCGAGCAGAGCCACGAGUCCCCGGACUCCCAGCAGCGCAUCCCUUACCGCCAAAAGAAAUAA